CUAGGGAUGAGAAAAACCUAAUCCUUCUACAUCGCCAUGUCGCGGGCAGCCGGCGAGGGCGAAGAACCACCAGGUGUCAGUGCCGUGGCUCCCGUUGAUCAGGAGGAGCGUCUAGAGCUUCUGGAGAAGAGUCAGGAGGAGCUGCAGCGCCUGGUCCGGGGAUUGCAGCAAGAGCUGCGGGAGUUGCGGCAAGAAAGGAGUGCCAACUUGCCGAAUGCAGUGCCAGACACCCAGGAGAGCUUGCCAGAGGAGGCCUUUCCUUUGGCCAAUGCCCAUAUCUUAGAGGUGCCAGUCAGCAACGCAGACAUGCAGAGCCCCAAGACGACGGUUACGAGUCAGAGAGGAAAGACGGUGAAUUACGACCAGGUGGACUCCAAGGCCUCCGAGGACUAUUUCUUCCAAUCAAGCACCUGGGAUUUGGCCCUCUUUGUGGGGACUGAUGUGGUGGGCACCUUCGGGAGUCUCCACACCAUGGUCUUGGUCCUGUCCACCUUCAUGAUCCAACUGGUCUUCGUGGGCGUCGUGGCGUUAAACUUCAGCCAACCUCGAGUUGACCAUUUUUCCAUCCAAGAUGCGAAACGCUGGCGCUUGGCCACGGGGCACAUGGAGACUUUCUGGGAUCCUUUGACCAAAGCCUCCUUGGCCUCGCGGGUCUGCAACAACGACCAGGCGCUCCAUGUUGCCAACGGGCAGGCGUCCUUGUUUCAGACGGUGAACACCUACUUGGGUGAGGCUGGAGCACCCUUCCUCUUCCGAGGGCCUGUGCUGGGCAUGGUAGCCUUGACCCUGUGGUUCCUCAUGGUCUCUGACGAUGUGACCACCACCUUAGAUCUAGGCCGCGUUCUCAUGACCAUCCCCACCGGGCCCACCUGUUUGGUCUUAGACACUGAUGACGAGGACGAUCCCAAGUAUGUCCUCAGCCACUUAUCCUUCUCCCGCAAGCUGUGGGGCACCCUGAUCACAGUGGUCCGCCUCGCGGUGGCCUGCGUCUUGUUGUGCUUCGGGUCUCUUUAUGUGGUGCAAACCAUCUACUUGCCUGACCUGGUGCUGAACUGCAUUGCCUUGGAGAUCGUCCUGAAUGUGGACGACCUCCUGUUUACCGCGUUAGCUUCGACGCCCUCGAGGUUCCUGAUGAACACCUUGCAGCCCAUCAAGCUGCCCAACAUGCCGCGGCGGAAGGGCUUGGAUGUGAAGGCUUUUUGUAUGUUGCUGGCGGUUCCAGUGGCCUUGCUCUUGGUAAACCAGCUCGUGAUGCGGCCGAUGCUUUAUGACAUUCAGGCGGUGCACACGGAGUUGUGUGGCGGCUUUCAAGACUUCGUUUGGUUGGAAGACGCCAGGCGGAUGGCUGUGAUGGCUGAGACGAAGCCAUACCGGAUGGAAGGAGACGACAUCUCAAAAGCUGUAGCGGACAAUCCCCUGGCUGUGGCCGUGGACGAUGUGACAGACAACUAUAGGUCUGGGUCCACAAAGGGCAUUUGGAAGACCAACCAUCGGACCUUGUAUCUCUGGGGCGAACAGAACUUUGCGACUGCUUUGGACUCGUUCAAGCCCACUUGCGAGGAUACGGAUUCCACGCGACCCGAGUGGUACUACAUGAAGGAGGUGGCUGGGGAUCAGUUUGACAGCUGUGAGACGGUGAAGCCUUUUUGCAGCUCGGUGACCCUGGAGUCGACCUGGGCUCCUGAUCAAGGACGCGGCAUUUUGGCCAGGAUGCUCUGCCCCAUGACUUGUCUCUGCUGGAGCGAAAUUUCUCCAAGGCUCAUCCAAACAGGCUGUCCGAGCUCAUGUACACAGACCUUGGCCGAUGGUUUUGGCUUCACGGUACAGCAUCGGAACGAGGAGUUCGAGAACGCCCCCUGUAAAGACCUCACUGUGCCGCAGCUCCGGGCCACCCCAGCCUUCACCGCAUGGAUUGCCCAGCUUCGGAGCUAUGCCAAUGCGACCAGUGAUGACAAGAUGGCCACCAUCGCCAACUUGAUGUGGGAGGAUGGCUGCAACAUCGACGGUAACUACACCACCUUUGCAUGCUACUACUCCAACCCUGGCUUGGCAUCUGGAGCGCGGCCUUUUGGUGGCUUCUCCUUCUUCUGUUCCGAGACGUGCUGCGACUCGAACAACCCUGGGCCGGACACCGAUACCAGCUUCCAACAGAUGACCUGCCCCUUCGAGUGCUUUGCCAAGCCCUCUGGGGGGUCGAGUGGCCCUCAACCCUCAGAUGGAGCCCCUCCAGAUGGCUCAUCCAAUGAGCCCAGCGGGGGUGAAAAUGGGACACAGUCUGGAUCUGGAACUGGCGGCUCUGGCGGCACCGACUCUGGCGGCUCUGGCAGCUCUGGCGGCACCGACUCUGGCGGCUCUAACGGCACUGACUCUGGCGGCUCUGGCGGCUCUGGCGGCACUGACUCUGGCGGCUCUGGCGGCUCUAACGGCACUGACUCUGGCGGCUCUGGCGGCACUGACUCUGGCGGCUCUGGCGGCUCUGGCGGCACUGACUCUGGCGGCUCUGGUGGCUCUGGCCCUCCACCGUGAGCCUCGAGCAGACCUCGAUCCAGUCGCCGGAACCCAGCCAACCCCCAGUCGGCGUUUUCCGACGUGACCAGGGGGCAGCCUGCAGUUUUUAGGCGGCGUUUGCUGGCUCGAUGUUUGCAACGAUGUUGUUGGAGUGAAGGUGGACCAGUUCUUCAAGGCAUUUCAGAAAAGACCACAAGCAAAGAGGUGGGAACAA